CUGUUGGCAUUUCGUUAGCAAAUGUCUCCACACCACAGUGGGGGUUCUGAAGAAAACUGGAACUGAGCACUGGUGGCUGGAGCGGCACUUCAGGGAUCCCUUUGUCAAGGCAUCAAAGCAGCAGCAUUACCGUUGCCGAAGUGCCUUCAAAUUACUGGAGAUCGAUGACAAGCUUCAUAUUCUUCGUCCAGGACUUUCUGUUCUUGACUGUGGUGCAGCGCCUGGUGCUUGGAGCCAGGUUGCUGUAGAGAGGGUCAAUGCCUUAGGUACCGAUCCUGCUGUCCCCACCGGCUUCGUCCUUGGGGUUGACCUCCUGCGGAUUUCUCCUCUGGAAGGAGCGGUCUUCCUGUCGGAGGCUGACAUUGCAGACCCAAGCACGCUGAGGACGAUUCAGAGUCUGCUUCCUGCGGAGAAGGUGGAUGUUAUCUUGAGCGACAUGGCACCUAAUGCAACAGGUAUUAAAGAACUGGAUCAUCAGAAGUUGAUCAAUCUAUGUUUAGGUCUUCUGAAUCUGUCCCAAAGUAUUUUAAAGCCAAAAGGAACGAUGCUGUGUAAAUUCUGGGAUGGACAGGAGUCCCAUCUUCUGCAAAACAGACUGAAGGAGCAGUUCCGUGACGUGAGAACUAUAAAGCCUCAGGCCAGCCGGAAGGACUCUGCUGAAUUGUAUUAUUUGGCAAGACUGUACAAAGGGAAAUGAAAGCUGAGAACUGCAGAUUAUCAAACAAGUGAUCAGACAUUGAUUGGAAAUCUGAUUUUGGUGUGUGUUUAAAAAAA